AUGGUGCCCUUCCUGCUGGAGAGACAAGCAGCAGUAGCGCAGCUGCACGUGGAGCGGCCCUUGGCUGGAGGUGCCGGGUCAGCCGGAACCAGGUCUAAGCGAGCCGAGCCUUCAGCUGGCGAUGAGAAUUCCAAGAGGCUGUCGAGUCGUGCCCGAAAGCGGGCAGCCAAGAGGAGGGCAGGGUCUGUCGACGUCCCUAAGCCAAAUAAGUCUCCCGGGAUCAAAACAUUGCCUGGAGAGUUAUCCAAAGGAGCAGUCCAGGCUCGAGGUAAGAAGCGCCCAGCACCAAUUCAAAACAGUGAUGGGGACGAGGAGGAAGACUCGGGGGAAGAUGAUGUGGUGACCCAGGGGGACCUUUGGGGCUCUGACGACAGUGAUGAAGACAUGGUGGAUGACUACGGAGCUGCCUCUAAUUCAGAGGAUGAGGAGGAAAAGCUGUUGCCUAUUGAAAGAGCUGCCCUGAAGCAGAAAACCCAGGACGCCGCAGCUCGGGUCCAGUGGAGUGAAGAGGACACUGAUGAUGAAGAUGAUGAUGAUGGUGUGUCCCCUGAGACCCACCCCAGAAAGGAUGACAAAGCAGAGGGGGGCUUGCAGAUUAAUGUGGAAGAUGAGGAAGCCUUUGUGCUGCCCCCUGCUGGGGAGACGGACCAGGAAGGAAGUGCUGCUGAGCUGGCUGGCACUCCCUGCUCCCUGCCCCUAGCUCAGCUGAUGAAGAACACAGGAGUGAUCCUUGCCAACGAUGCCAAUGCAGACCGGCUCAAGAGCGUGGUGGGCAACCUGCACCGCUUGGGAGUCACCAACACCAUCAUCAGCCACUAUGAUGGGCGCCAGUUCCCCAAGGUGGUGGGGGGCUUUGAUCGAGUGCUACUGGACGCUCCUUGUAGUGGCACAGGAGUCAUCUCCAAAGACCCUGCUGUGAAGACGAACAAGGAUGAGAAAGACAUCCAGCGCUGUGCCCACCUUCAGAAGGAACUGCUACUCAGCGCUAUCGACUCAGUGAACGCUGCCUCCAAGACCGGAGGCUACCUGGUCUACUGCACCUGUUCCAUUACGGUGGAAGAGAAUGAGUGGGUGGUAGACUAUGCCUUGAAGAAGAGGAAUGUGCGGCUGGUGCCCACCGGCCUGGACUUCGGCCAGGAAGGUUUUACCCGCUUCCAAGCAAGGCGCUUUCACCCCACUCUGCGUUCCACCCGACGCUUCUACCCUCACACUCACAAUAUGGACGGUUUCUUUAUCGCCAAGUUCAAGAAAUUCCACCAGGCCACCACCAGCAAAAAGGAGGAAAUCAAUGACAAAGGGCAGCAGCCAGCCUCUGUCUUAAAUAGACUUGGAAACUCGUUGACAUUGUCUCUGGGUUGA